AGACUCCAGUUCUUCGGUAACGACGUCCAGACGCGGUCCACUGGUCACUGAUCGCUGUGAUCCGGUGAAGUUACUUGUCCCAACCUGUUAUCGUGAUCGUGUCCCAACCAAGUUGGGGGAUCUUCAUAGUGUGAAGAUCAGAGUGUCGAGUUGAAGAACCUUGCUGCGGACAAAGGUGUUGGAUACCUGUGGAUCAGUGGCUGGCUGCUGCGGUGAAUCACUCCGCUGUGAUUCUUGUUAUUGACUUUGAGCAAGACUGAUUGAAAAUGCGCCUCAAGUUCGUAUUGGGCGCGGUCCUCGUGCUUGCGCUGCACGAAGUUACCAGCCAGUUCGAGCCGAGUAAUACGGACAACCUGGACGUGGUGGCCAACAGUGUUACCAAUCUGGCCCAGAAGAUCAGCCGAGCGAUUGCGAGUCAAAAGAGUAAGACGGAGAUCUUCUCGCCGGUCAGCAUAGCUGGAGCGCUGUCGUUGCUGCUGCUCGGCUCCAGCGGAGUGACCCGCGACGAGCUGACCAAACUGAUGGGCUUCGACAACCAGCAAAUCAGCUUUGCCGACAUCCACAAGAGCUUCGGCAAGCUGUUUGGCGAGCUGGUGUCCUCCGAACCGUCCCUGAACACGCCAGUUCCGUGGCGCCAAAACGACAAGUGCAACAACUACGACUACGAGGACGAUGAGCCGAGUCCUCCGCCGAAGAAUCAACGCGGCAAGCGCGAUACCAGCAACGAAACCGACUUCGAUCGCUACUCGCACGAACUCCAGCUUGCGAACGGAAUCUUCGUGGACAACAGUUUCGUCCUGAACCCGCAGUACAUGAGAACGGCCCAGGAGCUGUACCGUAGCGAGGUCCAGCGGAUGUCUUUCGCAAGUCAGCCCGUCGAGGCUACGCGGCAGAUCAACGAGUGGGUUAGCCGGAACACGCACGGGAAAAUUCCGGAAAUCUUUCCAAGUACCGUCGAUAGCAACACGGUGAUGGUUAUUGCGAGUGCGCUGUACUUUAAGGCCCUGUGGGAGGAGAUGUUCAUUGAGGGUGCUACGAGGCCGAGGGAUUUCUACCCUGAGGGUAGAAACGGCAGCUCGAUUAAGGUGGACAUGAUGGCCCACGGUGGAUGCUUCCCGUUUUAUGAUUCGCCCGAGUUGGGUGCCAAGAUCUUGGGGAUUCCGUACAAAAGCAACCAUUCGACAAUGUACGUUAUCAAGCCGAACAAUUCCAACCGGUUGGCCUUGCAAGAACUGAUCGCGAUGCUAAGUGGUCCCACCGUUGAUGAGCUAAUCAAUCGAAUGAGGAAAACUACGGCGGUUAUUUUGUUUCCAAAGAUGCACGUUUCCAGCACGUUGAACCUGAAAAAAACGCUCAAGACUUUAGGCGUAAAAUCGCUGUUCAGCUCUAGUAAAAGUGACCUUUCUAAAAUAUUCUCCCCUGCUUCUGAAGAGAACAGCAUUGCCGCACGACCUGCCGUAAACCUGCCAGAUCAGAAGAAUUCCUCAAAGAAGAAGCAAAAAGAUCCCCACAAUGACAAGUUGAUCUUUUCCCGCAUCGAUGGCAACGAAACGAACGAGAUCGUACCCACUGAACAACCCACAACGGAGUUGCCAACCACUCUCCUGGACACGACUCUCCUCGACGAAACCGAUCCGACCACGACGCCCACCAAGAAGUGCCGUCGACUUCAGCCACGUGACGUGUCCUACAAGGUGCCCAGCGAAAGCAAGAACAAACCGAACCCGCUGACCAGCAAGGACUUCUUCCUGAAGAAACGCAUCGUCAAAGAGACCGCCGGCAAAAAGUCGCACCGUUCCCGGCGGGACACCGAGCAAGCGGCCAUGCUGUUCGUGAGCGAUGCCAUCCACAAGGUCGACCUGGAAAUCAACGAGCGGGGCACGGAGGGAGGCGCCGCGACGGCCAUCACCCUCAACCGGUCCGGGACGAAUGUGGUGUUCCGGGCGGACGAACCGUUCCUGCUGCUCAUCCGGAGCGACAAGACGAAGCUGCCCCUGUUCUUUGGUGCCGUGUACGAUCCUAGUGCCGCACCCGUGGAAGUGGACAUCGGCAACGCAAUUUUCGCCCAGCGUGGCCAGCAAUUUGGCGAGCGGUAUCAAAAGCUGGCCGAACAACUGUACCAGACGAAGCUGGAGCAUGUGGACUUUGCCCACCAACCACAACAGGCCACCUCCACCAUCAACCAGUGGGUCCGCAAGCAAACGCGGGGCAAAAUUCCGGAAAUUGUGUCCCAACUGAACGCAGACACGUUGAUGGUUAUCGCGAAUACGUUGUUCUUCAAAGCCGAAUGGGAGGAACCGUUCCUGAAGGAUGGCACCAAGAUGAAGCCGUUUUACCCGAACGGACCGAAUGGGGCCAGUCGGAAUGUGACGACGAUGGUCCAUGGGGGAUGUUUCCCGUAUUACUACUGGAAGGAGGCGGACACGAAGGUGCUGGGAAUUCCGUACAAGAAGAACAACACCAUGUACGUGUUCUUGCCGAAUGAUUCGGACCGGUUCAAACUGGCGCGACUGCAACCCCUGCUGACUGCACAAACCAUUAACGACAUCAUUUCCAAGAUGGUGGUCAAGACCGUGUCGGUUCAGUUCCCCAAGAUGCACCUGAUCAACUCGUUCAACCUGAAACAAGUGCUCGAACAACUCGGAGUGUACCGCGUGUUUGACCACUCAAACACCGACCUGUAUCGCAUUCUGCCCGGCUACGAACGGUUCGACGGAUCGGAGUCCGAGGACAUCUUCGACCUGCUCUCCGACACCGUGGAGAACGCCAUCGCCGACCUGAAGCACGAGUAUCCCAACUGUAGCCCGUUUGAAAAGGAUGUCGAAGGUAGACCUAGCUGCGAAAAGUCGAAACUCUGCCGCUACGGAGGAGGCACCUGCAUGUGCUGCCCAAAAACGUACGACAGCUCCCGGAAACGUCGGGCCACCGAGCAACCCCAACCGCUGUACGUGAACGAAAUCGUGCACAAGGUGGACGUCGUGGUCAACGAGAAGGGAACCGAGGGUGGUGCCGUGACGGCCACCCUGCUGGACCGAAUCACCGCGCAGGCCACCUUCCGCGCGAACGGACCGUUCCUGGUGAUUGUGCGCGAUGAAAUGACGAAGCUGCCGCUGUUUUAUGGCAAUGUGUUUGACCCAUCGGUUUGAGCGGGUGGUUGAAGCAACGUUUUUAAGCGAAGAUGGCGUUCGAAUGUUGAACGUCCGAAAUGUCAAAAUCGCGCAAGGGCA